GAUAGCAGCUUUCCAUUAACUGCUGCUCCUAUCAACAAUGUUAAAGAAGAGGCCCCUGAAGAACAGAAUCUGUAUGUAAACCAGCAGGAGCUGGAGCUCCUCCACAUAAAGGGGGAAAGUGAAAGAAUCUGGGCCAGCCAGGAAGGAGAGCAACUGAACUUGAAAGAGGAAACUGAAGAAACCAAGUUUCUAUUAACUGUUAAUAUGAAGAGUGAAGAGGAUGAAGAGAAACCUCUAGUCUCUCACUUUCAUCAACAGCAGACAGAAGUCAGAGAUUUUCCAACCAGCACUUCAGUUUACAAUAUAAAAGUAAAAAUUGAAGAGGAUGACUCAAAUGUGGAUUCAGUUAAAAAAGAUCUUGUAGAUCGCAAAAACUCGAACUGGAAAAAAAGUCUAAAAUCAAAUAUAAUAGUCCACAACAUGGAGAAAUCCUUUGGCUGUGAUGCUUGUGGUAAAAUAUUUUCCUCAAAUUCAGGCUUAAAUAGACACGCGAAAAGCCAUAUUGAAAAGAAAACCUUUGAUUGUGAUACUUGUGGAAAAAUAUUUGCCAUCAAGUCACGUUUAAAAACACACAUAAGAAUCCAUACGGGAGAGAAACCUUUUGCCUGUGAUGCUUGUGGAAGAAGUUUUCCCUGCAAGUCACAUCUUAAAACACACACAAGAAGCCACACAGGAGAGAAACCCUUUGGCUGUGAUGUGUGUGGAAGAAGAUUUUCCAUCAAGUCACAUCUCAAAAGACACACAAGAAUCCACACAGGAGAAAAACCUUUUGGUUGUGAUGUUUGUGGGAGAAAAUUUUCCAUCAAGUCGGAUUUAAAAAAACACACCAGAGUCCACACGGGGGAGAAACCGUUUGGUUGUGAUAUAUGUGGUAAAAGAUUUUCGGACAAGUCUCAUUUAAGCAGACAUAUGAGACUCCAUACAGGAGAGAAACCAUUUAGCUGUGAUGUGUGCGGAAAAAGAUUUUCUGGUAUGUCACACAUUAAAAAACACAUAACAAUCCAUACAGGAGAGAAACCUUUUGUUUGUCAUGCUUGUGGUAAAAGAUUUUCCCUGAAGUCAUAUUUAAAAUUACACACGCGAAUGCACACAAAAGAUAAACCUUUUGGUUGUGAUGUAUGUGGUCAAAAAUUUAAUUCUCCGUCAGAUUUAAAUAGACACGUGAGAAGCCACACAGGAGAGAAACCCUUUGGUUGUGAUGUUUGUGAAAAACGAUUUUCCAUCAUGUCAAGUUUAAAAACACACAGACAAAUCCACACGGGGGAUAAACCAUUUGGCUGUGAUGCAUGUGAAAAAAGAUUUUCCAUCAAGUCACAUCUUAAAAGACACAUACGAAUCCACAUGGGAGAGAAACCUUUUGGUUGUGAUGCUUGUGGUAAAACAUUUUCCAACAAGUCAGAUUUAAAAAAACACAUCAGAGUCCACACAGGGGAAAAACCUUUUGGUUGUGAUGCAUGUGGUAAAAGAUUUUCCAACAAGUGUUAUUUAACCAAUCACAUGAGACUCCACACAGGAGAGAAACCCAUAGUUGUAAACUUUGAGGAAAAAGAUUCUCCGGCAUGUCACAUUUAAAAAAAAAAACAAACAAACAAACCCAACCACAAAGUCAUCCACAUGGGAGAGGAAUCUGACCUGUGGGGGGGUGAAGGUACUGCAGGGAGAGACACAAGUCAAGCCUUGCCUUUUUUUUUGUCCAGAAAAUACAGACCUUCUAAAAUGUGCAACUGCUGCUUGGUCUGUACCUGCAGUCAGUACUAUUAAUAAACUCCUAAAAAUGUACAAAACUUAAUUUAACUAGUUCUGUUUUUAAAGUGUCCUGUCUGGUGGUGUGCCUGGAUCCAAUCAGCUGUAGGUGAGAGGGCACUUGUGUGUGUGUGUGUGUAAGGUUUAUCCUUAAGAAAAAUGCUCAAUAGUUGCUCUGAGGGGCGUUUGGUGUAUAUAGCCUUAUUUUAUAUUUUAUGAUGUCAGUGCUCAGAGAACCAUUGAACUAAUUACCUUUACAUAUCAGGCAGGCCAACUCACUUUUUGCUUUUCAAUCUUCUCUCAAAACACGUUUUUCUGUUUUUUCCCAGUUGGAACUUUUGGCUUUUUCGCUUUUAUGUGUCUGCUCUUUAUUUGACUUUGAUUCUGCUUUUGCUCUCAGUGUUUUAUUCUGUUCUGCUCUGUAUUAUUUGCUUUGUGGGAUCUGUAAAACACUUUGACACACUAAGUUGUCUUGAAGUGGUUUAUUAAUAAAGUUCUUGAGUUGUUUCUGUUUUU